ACUGACGAUAAGAUCAAUUCGGAACCGAAGAUUAAAAAACUGGAGCCAGUCCUUUUGCCAGGAGAAAUUGUCGUAAAUGAAGUCAACUUUGUGAGAAAAUGCAUUGCAACAGACACAAGCCAGUACGAUUUGUGGGGAAAGCUGAUAUGCAGUAACUUCAAAAUCUCCUUUAUUACUGAUGACCCAAUGCCAUUACAGAAAUUCCAUUACAGAAACCUUCUUCUUGGAGAACAUGAUGUUCCUUUAACAUGUAUUGAGCAAAUUGUCACAGUAAAUGACCACAAAAGAAAGCAGAAAGUCCUAGGCCCAAACCAGAAACUGAAAUUUAAUCCAACAGAGUUAAUUAUUUAUUGUAAAGAUUUCAGAAUUGUCAGAUUUCGCUUUGAUGAAUCAGGUCCGGAAAGUGCCAAAAAGGUAUGCCUUGCAAUAGCUCAUUAUUCCCAGCCAACAGACCUCCAGCUACUCUUUGCAUUUGAAUAUGUUGGGAAAAAAUACCACAAUUCAGCGAACAAAAUUAAUGGAGUAUCCCCAGAAGGUGGAGGAAGAGGAGGGGUUGGAGCUGGCGGCGGCGGCACCACCAGCCAGAAAACUCCACUGUUUGAAACUUACUCAGAUUGGGACAGAGAAAUCAAGAGGACAGGUGCUUCUGGGUGGAGAGUUUGUUCUAUUAACGAGGGUUACAUGAUAUCCACUUGCCUUCCAGAAUACUUUGUAGUGCCAAGUUCUUUAGCAGACCAAGAUCUGAAGAUCUUUUCCCAUUCUUUUGUUGGAAGAAGGAUGCCACUCUGGUGCUGGAGCCACUCAAAUGGCAGCGCCCUUGUGCGAAUGGCCCUCAUCAAGGACGUGCUGCAGCAGAGGAAAAUCGACCAGAGGAUUUGUAAUGCAAUAACUAAAAGUCAUCCACAGAGAAGUGAUGUUUACAAGUUGGAUUUGGAUAAGACUUUACCUAAUAUUCAAGAAAUACAGGCGGCAUUUGUAAAGCUUAAGCAACUAUGUGUUAAUGAGCCUUUUGAAGAAACUGAAGAGAAAUGGUUAUCUUCACUGGAAAAUACUCGGUGGUUAGAAUAUGUCAGGGCAUUCCUUAAACAUUCAGCAGAAGUUGUGUACAUGCUAGAAAGCAAACAUCUAUCAGUGGUCCUACAAGAGGAGGAGGGAAGAGACUUGAGCUGUCUUGUAGCUUCUCUUGUUCAAAUGAUGCUGGAUGCGUAUUUCAGGACAAUUACUGGAUUCCAGAGUCUGAUACAGAAGGAGUGGGUCAUGGCGGGAUAUCAGUUCCUAGACAGAUGCAACCAUUUAAAGAGAUCAGAGAAAGAGUCUCCCUUGUUCCUGCUCUUCCUGGACGCCACGUGGCAGCUGUUAGAACAAUACCCAGCAGCCUUCGAGUUUUCCGAGACCUACUUAGCAGUGCUGUAUGACAGUACCCGGAUCUCACUGUUCGGCACCUUCCUGUUCAACUCUCCGCACCAGCGGGUGAAGCAGAGCACAGAAUUUGCUAUAAGCAAAAAUAUCCAACUGGGUGACGAAAAGGGCUUAAAGUUUCCCUCAGUUUGGGACUGGUCUCUUCAGUUCACAGCAAAGGACCGCACUCUCUUCCACAACCCCUUCUACAUUGGAAAGAGCGUGCCCUACGUACAGAACGGCUCUGUGAAGUCUUUUAAGCGGACAAAGAAGAGCUACAGUUCUACACUGAGAGGAAUGCCAUCUUCCUUAAAGAAUGGGAUUAUCAGUGACCAAGAACUGCUUCCAAGGAGAAAUUCACUAAUAUUAAAGCGAAAACCAGACCCACUUCAGUACACUGACAGCCAGAACAGUGAUAUGGAACAAUACUUCAGAGAAUGGUUUUCCAAACCAGCGGACCUCCAUGGUGUGAUUCUGCCUCAUCUCUCGGGAACACACAUCAAAUUAUGGAAACUGUGCUACUUCCGCUGGGUCCCUGAGGCUCAGAUCCACCUCGGGGGCUCCAUCACUGCCUUCCACAAGCUCUCCCUGCUGGUGGACGAGGUGGAUAUGCUCAGCAGAAUGUUGCGGCAGCAGCGUAGCAGCCCGCUGGAAGCCUGCUACACAGACCUGGACCAGAGCAGGAUGUACUUCAGAGUCCGAGGCGUGCCCGACGCUUCGGGGACACCCGAGUUCCUCUCCUCUUCAUUUCCGUUUUCUCCUGUUGGCAAUCUAUGCAGACGAAGCAUUUUAGGAACACCAUUAGGCAAAUUUUUAAGUGGGGCCAAAAUAUGGAUAUCUACUGAGACGUUAGCAAACGAAGACUAAAAUGUAGUAUUUUCUGAACUUUUUAAGGGAAGCUAUAAAUUUUUCCCUCCGAAUUGAAAUUGCUAACCUAGAGAUUUUAGAACUCUUAAUAAUUUUAUAAAGAAGAAUAAUAGUUGAAAUUUGCACUAAUAUUUAAAAACAUUGAAUCAUGCUGCCUUCACAGGUAUUUUAAGAAAAGUGUAAUUUUUGUUUUUAUGUCCUCUUCCUGUCCUUAAAGGUCUGGCUCAUGUUAGAUGAUUUGCGAACAUUCCCCCUUUCUUAACUACUGUGAUCAAACUAAUCAGGUUUUUUGCAUUUCUUUUCUUCCACUUCUUUCCUACCACCUACGAAAGGUUACCCAGUACUUGAUCAGAUCAGCACUCAAAAGGAGACAGUGGGAAGAAGAGCAUCUUAGAUCACCUUGUGUGAGACCCCAGAUCACUGCAGUUUGAAAUCAGUUUGCUUUUAACUUCAUAGGACUAACUUUAAAGUGAUAUGCACUGUAACUUUAAAGCAUUUGUGGUAGGUGAUAUAAUUAAGCUUAGAAGUGCCUUUGACAUUUAGAUACUGAGUAAAAGAAAAAUAUAAUUUCACUUUUUAAAAUCACGCUCAGUAUACUGGAUUUAGGUUUUUCGUUCUAAGCUUCACACGAACAGCCAGCAGCCUCCAGAGCCACAUUUCUGUCACUGUGAGCAUCACCAAGGAUGCGGCAGCUGGCGGGGCGCUGAUCCGAGAGGCUCUUCAGGCUUCCAGGCAGCGAGGCACUGCCCAGCCCUGGGCAGCAGCAACCCUCACCGACCACAGGGCUGCUCGGAGGCCCCUGGGCUCCCGUCAGCAUUCCCAGCCUGGCGAACUGCUGUUGGCCCUUCUCCUUGAAGAUUCCCAGCAAGGGCACAGGUCAGAGCCCCGCACAGAAGCCCCUCUUCUCUCAGCGUUCUUAAUCCUUAGGAAUAGGGAACGUGGACUUACCUCAAACACUGCUGUUUCAGCAGCGAGAAUAGUGCUCCUCUCCACAGCCUUUCCUGACUUUGACAGCAAUACUGAGAGACAAAAGCACACAAAGGUAUGUGCUCGGUCUGCUACACCCUUGUUUUCAAGGGUGUAGCAGACAGGAAGCUGGCCACCUUUCCAGGGUUCCAGCCUAAGCUCCUGUGCAGUGAGUGAUGGUGCCGUUUCAGCCAUCCCUCCAAGUGCACGCACAUCCAGUUACCUUCGUUUCUUAAGCUGCCAUCAAGAUUCUGAAAAUUUUUAUGUCUAGUUAAUCUCCUUUUCUAAACCAAUUUUUUCAAAAUAGUAUAUUUUGCCUUUAUAUGUGCUGAGUAGCUGUUUCUACUUUAAUUAUUUGCAUUUUAAAAUUGCUUGAUGUCUCUGGACUUAACAGCAGUUCUUAUACAGUGUCUUAGGAAACUCAUCCUAUGGAUAAACACAAUGUUUCUGCCAACUCGUUGCCUAGAAAAUAAGGACUAUUUUCAGUUUAUACAAACAGCAUUGUCACUAAAGCUUUUAUAGGCCUGGAUUGGAAACCAGCCCUGAUUGCCUUAAAACAACAUUUCCUGCCAUUGAAAGUGUAAAUCUUUUCUCAUGAAGCUGCUUUUUUAUUAUGACAAAUGUUUCAAAAUUUAGUUUUUGGAUUUACCAUUUCUCUGUAAUUUUCUUCCUUCACACUCAGUUCCUUUUCAUAAUUUUUUGUGAAUUUACAAGUUUAAAAAAGAUUAGGUACUGUUACUAAUACUGUCUUAAAAUAAAAAAUGUGCAUAUUUUUGUAUGAUAAUCAAGUGUAGUAAAAUACGGUGUUUUUGUUGUUGAAUAGUUGUUACGUAAUGAUUAUUGUGCCAGUUUACUGUGCAUAGUAUGAGAAACAACUAUAACAGCCUUAAGUCUGUCUCACUGUAAAGCUGCGUGGUUCUCCUGCAAAGUAACACUACGGUGUAAAGCGGCAGGCUGGCUGCGUGCAGUUACCGCAGGAGCGCAGCGCCCUUUCCCCACAGGCUUGCAGUCGGGCCUGUGCUGAUGCGAUCCAGGCCAGCGUUGAAUUUAAAGCUGUACAGUGUCUGUGAUGGGAAUCAAUUUUAAAACCAAAAAUGCCUAACUUUAUUUAGGCAAAGGGUAUUAAUUUGUACUAACAGGAGUUCAAAACUGUUCAACAAAAUCUGCUUGCUCUAUCAGUAACUUCAAGUAGUUUAAACUUGAUUUUGAGAGAAAAUCACUAAAAUCUUUGUGCCUAAAACCGAUGACUUGAGUUGAAGUAGAAUGAGCAGGAGAUAAAAGGUCUUGUUCAGUAGAAUGAAUGUGAAGGAAACUUUGAGUGCUAAAUAAAUUUCCACAGAAACCGUCUUUGGUACAUUAUCGGUAUGAAACUGUCUACUGGAGCACGGUGAUUGAAAACUCAAAGGCAUCUUCUCUCACCCAUAUUUGAGUGCCAUCUGUGCAACCUAGUGAUAAAUAUAAAAACUGGGUGGUCUCAGAGAGUCCAUGGGAUCCUGCAAUCCCAAGUCCUGGGCCUCCAUCCCCAUAAAUCAUCUUAGCACUGCCCUUCCCAGCGUCAGACCCUUCUAACCAUGGUGAUCGGCGGUCCUAUUUUGAUUACACCACUGAUACAAAAAAACACCCCGAACUUCAUUAUUAAAGGAUGCUUCCGAGAAGGCUGCAAAAUGACAACUAAUAGCGUGAAGACUGUCCAUGCCUAUGGUGAUCUAGCCCCAACUGGUAAGAGUAAGCACUUACAGAUAUCAUAAGAAGUCAAGCUACUUUCUGCUUGGGAUAUAGCUCAGCACCACAAGCACCUGCCUGGCAAGUGCAAGGUCCUGAGUUCAAUUCCUGGUAGCAAAAAAAAAAAGCUAUUUCACAAGACUUUGGUUUUUAAUUCUAAAGAAGUCAGAAUUUCUACUGUUUCUUGGAAAGUCACAGAGCAAGAGUAUUUAAUGGCUACAUCUGUAAAGCAGUGCAGAAAAGUACAAUUUGAGAAUCUUUAUCUCCUGGUGGGUCUGUAGCUCAGUGGCAGAGUGCUAGCCUAGCACAUCCAAGGCACUGAGUCUGUCCUCAGAACAGAAUAAAAAAAGUUUUGUGCCCAGAAUCCUUAUUAGAAAUGUUAUUUAUGCUAUUUUUGUAAUAAAAAUCCUAAAGCUGUGAA